CGCCGACCUUAUGGCCCGGCAAGGGCUGUACGACCGGCUGCCGCCGCUGCCCAUCACUCCUGGCAUGGAGGGCGCGGGCGUCGUGAUCGCCGUGGGCGAGGGGGUGGACGACCGCAAGGUAGGAGACCGGGUGAUGGUGUUGAUCCGGUCGGGCAUGUGGCAGGAGGAGGUGACUGUGCCCUCAGCCCAGACCUUCCUGAUGCCUGAGGCCAUGACCUUUGAGGAAGCUGCUGCCUUGCUGGUCAAUUAUGUCACGGCUUACAUGGUCCUUUUUGACUUCGGCAACCUUCGGCCUGGCCACAGCGUCUUAGUGCACAUGGCUGCAGGGGGCGUGGGAAUGGCCGCUGUGCAGCUGUGCCGUACGGUGGAGAACGUGACAGUGUUCGGAACAGCCUCAGCCAGCAAGCAUGAGGUACUGAAGGAAAACGGGGUCACACACCCCAUCGACUACCACACAACUGACUAUGUGGAUGAGAUCAAGAAGAUCUCCCCCAAAGGAGUGGACAUCGUCAUGGACCCUCUGGGUGGGUCAGAUACCGCCAAGGGCUACAACCUCCUCAAACCCAUGGGCAAAGUGGUCACCUACGGAAUGGCUAACCUGCUGACGGGCCCCAAGCGGAACCUCAUGGCUCUAGCCCGCACGUGGUGGAAUCAGUUCAGUGUGACAGCCCUGCAGCUGCUGCCAGCCAACCGAGCUGUGUGUGGCUUCCACCUGGGCUACCUGGAGGGCGAGGUGGAGCUGGUGAGUGGUGUGGUGGCGCGCCUUCUGACUCUCUACAACCGGGGCCACAUCAAACCCCACAUCGACUCUGUGUGGCCCUUCGAGAAGGUGGUGGAUGCCAUGAGGCAGAUGCAGGAAAAGAAGAACGUGGGCAAAGUCCUCCUGGUGCCUGGGCCAGAGAAGGAGAACUAGGAUGGGGCCUGGGGACCCCUGGGGCCUGCGAGGGAGCAGCUGGGAAGCUGUGUGCUGGGGGCCGCAGACUCACAUUUCACCUUCUAUGGCAGUGCUCUGCCCUCCUGCCCUCUGCCCUCUCUCCCGCCCAGCCCAGGCUCUCCGUGCUGAUCACUCCCCUACCCUGCUCUUUCUCUUUCGUCAGGGCUGCCCCUCUCCCUGUCCUGCCCCCCAAAGAGGUUGGGAAGUGACCACUUGGAUGUCUGGGCCCUGCCAAGGGGACAGGGAGGGUCAGAGGGAGGCCACUGCUUCCUGCCCCCACCCUUUCCCCAGGCCUGCUGUGCUGCUUUUGUGCCAAGGUUAGCCAGUCCCUUCCCGUGCUGUUCUGUGUGCCCCGCCUCUGCCCCAUCUCCCCGCCUGCCCCUGCCCCACCACCGCCCCAAAGAACCGAAACGUGAGCUCAGGAUGUGGGGCCCACCUGUGUGAGUCCUGCAUGGCCUGUCUUGCCCUCCUGUCCCUGCAACCCAGGCCGCCAGCACCCACCUCUGACCUCUUGUUGCCUCAUUGCAUGGCCUUGUCUUCUGUCCCCAACUUCUUAAGCACAACUGGGCUUCUUCCACCUCUAGAUUUCCUGCCACUCUUGGCCAAGGUUGCCUCUUACAGCAAGGGUGGGAAUCAGCCCUGCUCCCCUGCGGUCUCAUUCUGUGGGCGGGACACAGACACCCCUCCCCCUCACUGAGUUCUCUGGAUUUGUUCUCAGUGCCUUACCAGCGGAAAACCUGUGCUUGUGUAUGUGGGGGUUCCCUGCCUCGCACCUCCUCCUCCGCCUCUGUAUGCCCCAGUGCCUUCCUUGUUCUGGGGGAGCUGGGGUUUUGCUGCUCCCCAGUCCCACAACACUGCCAAAAUUCUGAGUGUGUGCCAAUGGGGGGGGGCCAGCCCCUGGCACGCUGGGGUCUAUGCCAUGUCCUGUCUCUGGGGCUGUCAUUUCUCUGUGGGUGGUUGGGGACAAAGCUGGGGAAGCCUUCUCAGCCUUGCAGAUAAGUGUGGCUUUUACCAGCCAGGGCUCUGAGAGGCAGUUCUGUCUGUUUUUGUUUUGGGACCAAAGUGAAACUCAGAGCACAUUCCCUGUGUGUUCAAGGGAGGCCCACUGCCUCCUUGGAGCAGGGAGGUGGCUUUUCAAACUCAGCCCCCAACUUUGUUUACAUGGGUGGGGAGGUGGAGCAGGGCAGUAAGGGGGUGGGGUUGCUUAGGACCUGGGCUGCUGGAACCAAAGUGGGGGCUCCUGGGGGAGCGGUGAGACUCCCUCUGCGCUUUGAGGUAGAUUUGGGGACCGGGAUCGCCCAGCCAUUGCCAGUGAGAGGCGGGGGGGCACAACCUCUUCAUUUUCUAAAGAGGCCUAAAUGGCUCAAGUUUGAUUUCUGCUUUUGUGUACCCCACCCAUGACCACAGCUGCCUUUGUGUUUGUGUCAAUAAAAAGCCAAACCCCGGC